AAAGAAGAGGAAAGAAAUGUACGGCUUCGUCAAUUAUGCACUAGAACUGCUUGUAACUAAAACAUUUGGUGAUGAGACUUGGGAAUUAAUUAAAAAAAAUGCGGACGUUCAAAUGGAAGGUCAGUUUUUAGUUCGUCAAAUUUAUGAAGAUGAAAUAACUUAUAAUUUAAUAUCAGCAGCAGUUGAUAUAUUAAAGAUUCCUGCUAAUACAAUAUUAGAACUAUUUGGGCGAACUUUUUUUGAAUUCUGCCAGGAUUCAGGUUAUGAUAAAAUAUUACAAGUUCUAGGUGCAACACCAAGGGAUUUUUUGCAAAAUCUCGACGCUCUUCAUGAUCACUUGGGCACACUGUAUCCAGGAAUGAAGGCACCGUCAUUUAGAUGUACAGAAAGACAAGAAGAUGGUGCAUUAAUUUUGCAUUAUUAUUCAGAUAGACCCGGACUAGAACACAUUGUAAUAGGAAUAGUAAAAACCGUAGCGAGUAAACUUCAUGGUACUGAUGUGGAAAUGAAUAUUUUAAAAUCUAGAGAAGAAUGUGAUCACGUCCAGUUCCUUAUAACUGAAAAAUCUAGUUCCAAUAAAGGUGAUGUGCAACAAAUCGAUGAAAUACAUACAUUGUCACUAGAACAAAAAGUAAGUGCAGCAACCUUUUGCAAGGUAUUUCCUUUUCAUUUAAUGUUUGAUAAGGAUCUCAAAAUUGUACAAACAGGAUGUACCAUAGCCAGGGUAAUUCCAAAUAUCACUGUAUCGACAUGUACAGUCGGCGAUAUUCUAAGUACGGUUCGCCCCCAUUUGGAAUUAACAUUUGACAAUAUUUUAUCACACAUAAAUACUAUAUAUGUUCUUAAAACAAAAGUGGGAGUAAUGAAAGUAAAUGCUUUGCCAGAAUACUGUCAACUAAGACUAAAGGGUCAAAUGCUCUAUAUACAAGAAACGAAUCUAGUAGUAUUUUUAUGCUACCCAAGUGUUAUGAACUUAGACGACUUAACAAGGAGGGGCUUAUAUAUUAGCGACAUUCCUUUACAUGAUGCAACAAGGGAUUUAGUAUUAAUGUCUGAACAGUUUGAGGCAGAAUAUAAGUUAACAAGAAAUUUAGAAUUUUUAACGGAUAAACUUCAACAGACAUAUCGAGAAUUGGAAGCUGAAAAAAAGAAGACAGAUCGGUAA